AUGAGCUCUGACUGGGCACAUAUUGAAGCCGGUGUACCCCAAGGAUCUGUUCUUGGACCAUUGUUAUUUCUGAUUUAUAUCAACGACAUAGCUGAUAAUGUUUCUUCCACUUGUUUUCUUUUCGCUGAUGAUUCCUUACUAUUAGAUGAAGUAAUAUCGCCGAUUGACACAGCUAACAAGCUAAAUAACGAUCUUGAUUCUAUAUCAAUGUGGGCGGAUCGAUGGCUUGUGACCAUGAAUGCUAAUAAGACAAAAAACAUGAUAUUUUCUUCCAAGUUAAACAAGCCCUUGCAUCCUAUGCUUACUUUGGCCAACGAACCAAUUGAUAUAGUUGAUCACCAUGAUCACCUGGGCGUUACACUCACUAAUAAAUUAUCGUGGCGGCCUCAUAUUCUUAAAAUCCAUCAAAAGGCUUCAAAAAAACUUAACUUACUUAAACCAAUGAAAUUUAAGCUAGGAAAAAAACCCAUUGAAAUUCUAUAUAAAUCCGUUGUCCGUUCUUGCUUGGAAUAUGCGGAUGUUGUGUGGGAUGGGUGUUGUGAUGCUGAUCGUGACCUUCUUGAAAGCUUGCAAUUUGAGGCAGCCAGGCUCGUAACGGGGGCAUUGAAAGGUACUCAUAGGGAAAGCCUUCUUAAUGAAACAGGUUGGACUACUCUAAAAGCCAGACGUAAUGAUCAUAAGUUAUUUAUGAUGUACAAAAUUGUAAAUAAUCUGGCCCCUCCGUAUCUGUCCGAAUUGCGUCCUGAUAAUGUCAGUUCUGGAUCAAAUCGUAGUUUACGUGCCAAUGAUAAUCUGAUUGUCCCUUGCUUUCGCUAG